CAAAAAGAGGGAAGCAAAAAUAUUUCUUUUAUAUUUGUAUGGGGAGAGGAAGAGGGGGAGAGAGAGAUUUUUGCAAGUGUGACUCUUGGCCGUUCACUUUCAGAGAAGACCAAACCAAACCAAACCCUAGAUUUCAUUCCUGCUGAUUUCACCCCCAAUUAAUUUUUUAUUUGAAUUUUCAGAUCCAAAUUGUUCCUGGGAAAGAUUCAAAAUUUGCUCUUUCAAACCUCUGAAGAUCCUGCAUAAUUUUUGUUACUUGAAGAGGCAAGGAAUCUUGGGUCAGGUUUAUAUUUGUGAGAUCUUGUCUGUGAUUUUUGAGUUGGAUUGGGGAAACCCAGAUAAAUUCUGUUCAAGAUGAUGUCCAAAUCGUAUACCAAUCUUUUAGAUCUAGCCUCCGGGAACUUUCCGGUAAUGGGUCGCGAAAGACGGCGGCUUCCGCGUGUAAUGACCGUUGCUGGUGUUAUAUCCGAGCUUGAUGAUGAUCAGGCUGGUAGUGUGUCUUCGGAUGUUCCGUCCUCGAUCGUUCAGGACCGGAUAAUUAUUGUUGCCAAUCAGCUCCCUGUGAAAGCCAAGCGGAGACCGGAUAAUAAAGGAUGGAGCUUUAGUUGGGAUGAGGACUCAUUGUUAUUGCAGUUGAAGGACGGUUUACCUGAAGAUAUGGAGGUUUUGUAUGUAGGUUCUUUGAGUGUCGAAGUGGAUUCGAAUGAACAGGACGAUGUAUCAGCGCUCCUGUUGGAUAAAUUCAAGAGUGUUCCAGCUUUUUUGCCGCCCGACAUUUUGUCCAAGUUCUAUCAUGGGUUUUGUAAGCAGCAUUUGUGGCCUUUGUUUCAUUACAUGCUUCCAUUCUCAGCAACCCAUGGUGGGAGGUUCGAUCGGUCUUUGUGGGAAGCGUAUGUGGCUGCAAAUAAGAUUUUUUCACAAAGGGUGAUCGAGGUAAUAAAUCCGGAGGAUGACUAUGUGUGGAUUCAUGAUUACCAUCUAAUGGUGCUGCCUACCUUCUUGAGGAGGAGAUUCAAUAGAUUGAGAAUGGGGUUUUUUCUUCACAGCCCAUUCCCUUCGUCAGAAAUAUAUAGGACUCUACCGGUAAGGGAAGAGAUCCUAAAGGCACUUCUAAAUUCGGACCUUAUUGGGUUCCACACAUUUGAUUACGCUCGACAUUUCUUGUCUUGUUGUAGUCGGAUGUUGGGUUUGGAGUAUCAGUCAAAGCGGGGUUAUAUUGGGCUGGAUUAUUUUGGAAGGACAGUUGGGAUAAAGAUCAUGCCUGUAGGGAUUCAUAUGGGGCAGAUUGGGUCAGUGUUGAAGCUUGCCGAUAAGGAGUGGAGGGUAGGAGAACUUAAACAACAGUUUGAGGGGAAGACUGUGCUGCUGGGUGUUGAUGAUAUGGACGUCUUUAAAGGUGUCAACUUGAAGCUCUUGGCAAUGGAACAGAUGCUGAAGCAGCAUCCAAAGUGGCAGGGGAAAGCAGUUCUGGUACAGAUAGCAAACCCUGCAAGGGGAAGAGGGAAAGAUCUUGAGGAAACGCAGGCUGAAAUACAGGCAAGCAUCAAAAGAAUUAAUGAAAAAUUUGGUCGGACUGGUUAUGAACCCAUUGUGUUUAUUGAUAGGCCAGUCUCUCUUAGUGAAAGAGUUGCAUAUUACACCAUUGCCGAGUGUGUAGUUGUCACAGCUGUGAGAGAUGGGAUGAAUCUUAUUCCAUAUGAAUACAUUGUGUGCAGGCAAGGGAACUCUGUAUCAGAUUCUAAUUUAGAACACAGUGGGCCGAAGAAGAGCAUGCUAGUAGUAUCAGAGUUUAUUGGAUGUUCCCCUUCACUAAGUGGUGCAAUUCGGGUUAACCCAUGGAAUAUUGAAUCAACGGCGGAGGCGAUGAAUGAGGCAAUUUCAAUGGAGGAACCCGAGAAGCAGUUGCGCCAUGAGAAGCAUUAUAGGUAUGUUAGUACACAUGACGUGGCAUACUGGUCACGAAGUGUUUUCCAAGAUAUGGAGAGAACUUGCAAAGACCAUUUCAGAAGGCGUUGCUGGGGUAUUGGUUUGGGCUUCGGCUUCAGGGUUAUAGCACUUGAUCCUAACUUCAGAAAGCUGAAUAUUGAUCACAUCGUUUCUGCUUAUUCGAGAUCUAAAAAUAGGGCGAUUCUACUGGAUUAUGAUGGCACUGUGAUGCCUCAAACAUCUAUAAAUAAGAGCCCGAGUCAAGAAGUGAUCUCCCUCAUUAAUACACUUUGUGGUGAUGUUAAAAACACUGUUUUUGUGGUCAGUGGAAGAGGAAGGGAUAGUUUGAGCAAGUGGUUUUCUCCUUGCAAGAAACUCGGAAUUGCUGCUGAACAUGGUUAUUUUAUGAGGUGGUCUGCUGACAAGGAUUGGGAAGUUUGCGGGCAGAGCAAUGACUUUGGUUGGAUACAGAUAGCUGAACCAGUUAUGAAACUCUACACAGAAGCCACCGAUGGUUCUAGCAUUGAAACCAAGGAGAGUGCCUUGGUUUGGCACCAUCGAGAUGCAGAUUCUGGUUUUGGAUCCAGUCAGGCUAAAGAGUUGCUCGACCAUUUAGAAAGUGUGCUAGCAAAUGAACCAGUUGCUGUGAAGAGUGGUCAGUACAUUGUAGAAGUGAAGCCACAGGGUGUCAGUAAAGGCGUGGUUGCAGAAAAGAUCUUCACAUCAAUGCACGAGACGGGGAAGCAGGCUGACUUUGUACUGUGUGUUGGCGACGAUAGAUCUGAUGAGGAUAUGUUUGAGAUCAUUGGUAGUGCUAUGACAAACGGCAUACUCUCCUCUAAUACCAGUGUUUUUGCUUGUACUGUUGGACAGAAACCCAGUAAAGCCAAGUACUAUUUGGAUGACCCUAGUGAUGUUAUUACAAUGCUCGACGCUCUUGCAGAUGCUUCAGAUUCUCCACCUUCCUCAGAUGGUGAACCAGGCUCCCCUUGAAAUCGUCCUCGUGGACUUUGUUAGAUACCAGCAUCCUUUCUUGCAGCCGAUGAUGAUGAAUCACACGAUGGGCUUUGAUGGAAGAAAGUAAUCAUUUUUCAGCUUUUCUGGAUCUGAAUUGUUGGAGGAAAGAUUUCAUGUUCGUGACCUUCUGACUGAUGAUUUUCAGCCAGUUCCGGAACAUCGGUAGCUUGGAUUUCUUCUGUGAUAUAAACAAUCAAUCAAUGCAGAGUGUGGAUUAUAGUGGGUUUACUUGGUCAAAAAAACACAACUAAACAUCAGCUCAAACUGAAGAUCUGAUGGAACCGACGAUGUUUAUUCGUUGAGAACGACUUGGACUGAGAAAGGAAACGGGAAAUGGAUUGUUGAAGAUUGCAUCAUGUACGCCAAGGUUAAGUAGUCCGGUGAAGGCGUGCGGGCGACGUGCAUUCUAGGGACAUUAGAUUAUGGUAAUAUGGUGGGGGAAAAUGGUAUUCAAAUCCCCAUUUGAAACAGUAUACUGGUCUUUCUUCUUCAUUGUUCUGAGUGAAUGUUCUUUGCCAUUUGUUUCUUGGAUCAAGUCCUUGUCUAAUUAAACCUGUAAAUUAUAUAGCAACAUUUGCAAGAAAUGAUCACGUUUCCAAAGA